AUGCAGUUCCAGCCAUCGGACUUCUCCCAGCUUCAGCAGGCGCAGGAAGACCAGUUUAGGGUUCCGCUCAAUGCAGGUAUAGAGCCGUCUUUCAGGGCGGACCAGUGCGCAGCAGGACGCGGUGACGCCGCAGUAUUCUUACCUCCGAUUGCGGCGGACCUCUCGCAACUGCCUGCGGGCGCCAUGGACUUCGCGACGCUGCCAGGCGAGCCCGCGUGGCCGCUUGGGGCUCGCGAUGGGCUCUGGUUCCCCGAAGCGUCACAGCUAGUCGCUCCGCCCGUCAACGCUGCUGCGACGAAUGAGUUUGGCGGGGCCGCUGGUUGCGGCGCUGUGGGCAUGGACGUCGGUGACGUGGCGUCGUCGGGCGUGUCGCGGGAUUUGCUGCUGCAGCUGUUGUCGGCGGGUCUCGACAUGCCGUCGCUGCAGGCCAUGCUCACCGCGCUCGACGCCACCACCACCGCCACCACUACCGCGCUCACCACGUCGUCACCACUCGAGUCGCAGCCAGCACAGCUGCCCCAGGUGGCUGCGGACAGCACAGCGCAGCUCCUCGCAGCAGGCGCGGCGGGUGCGGCGGCGGAGCACACGGUGGGUGGAUUUAACGGCUCUGCGCCGCCGGGAAGCGGCCGCGCCACCCUGAGCCAGAGCCACAGCCUGGACGGUCGAUCUGCGCUUCCGCCCGUCUCGCCGCAAGUCAACGCUCGAUCUCGACCGCAGCUCACGGCGGGCGAGCGCCCCGUGCCGCUGCUGGGGUCCGCCGCUCACGGCGCGCAGUCGAGCCUGCGCUCCCGGCGGGGCCUGCCCGACCUCUCCAGCUCGCUGGCCAACGCGCGCCCCUCCGCCGUCUCCCGCCUCGCCGCUGCCACCGGCGGCAAUCCCCCUCUCAGCACGGGCAAGCGCGAGGCCGAGGCGGGCAUGACAGGCGGCGCAGCGCGGUGGCCGCUGUCCCCCGCGCUCAAGAGCCCGCGAUCCGACGGAUAUCGCAGCCCCGGCGGCAGCCGCGUUCUGUCCGCCAUAGCCGCGAGCCCCACGGGGCUCGCGAGCGACAUGGCGCAGCUGCGCGUGCGCUCGCUGCCCACCACUCCGCUUGGCGGGGCUGCGCCCUUGCCGCUGGGAGGGUCGAGCGGCGAGCAGGGCUACGAGGUGGCGUCGGCGGGCGGGCAGGAUGGAGCAGCGCGGGACGGGCAGGAGGGCGGGAUGGAAGCGGGUGCCGCGCACAUGGAGGAGGGCGGCGGGGCGGCAGCAGGGAUGGGCGAGGGCAUGGAGGGCGGCGGAGGGGGAGACGAGCUGUACGGCGGCGAUGGGUUUGGGCUGGACGAGGGGGGGGACGAGGAGGCGGACGGGGAGGGCGGCAAAGGGGGGGCCGGAGGCAAGGGGCGGGGCAGGCAUUCGACGAAGCCGCGCAGCGUGGCGGAGCGCAUGCGGCGGGAGCGCAUAUCGGCGCGGCUGAAGCGGCUGAAGGACGUGAUGCCGCGCACGGACGCGCGCACAGACACGUCCGCCAUGCUGGACGACGCUGUGGUGUACAUCCGCUCCCUGCAGAUGCGCUGCGCCGCCCUCGAGACCCAAAACGCCGUGCUCGCUAAACAGCUCGCCGACGCCGCCCGCACCCGCGAGCACGCCCCGCAAUAG